AUGGCAGCGCAGGUGGCGGUGGCCGCGGCGCCCGGAGGGGUCACGCAGCCGCUCCCGACCACGUCGCUCUACGUCGGCGACCUCGAGGCCAACGUCACCGACUCGCAGCUCUACGAGCUCUUCAGCCAGGCCGGCCAGGUCGUCUCCGUCCGCGUCUGCAGGGACGUCACCUCGCGCCGCUCCCUCGGCUACGCCUACGUCAACUACAGCAGCCCCAUGGAUGCUGCAAGAGCAAUGGAAGCGCUGAACUUUGCUCCACUGAACAACAAGCCCAUUCGAGUAAUGUACUCGAACCGUGACCCAAGCAGCCGCAGAAGCGGAUCUGCAAAUAUCUUUAUCAAGAACCUUGACAAGACAAUUGACAACAAAACUCUUCAUGACACCUUCUCUGCAUUUGGUGCAAUUCUCUCAUGUAAGGUUGCCAUGGAUGAUAUUGGCCAAUCCAAAGGCUUUGGAUUUGUUCAGUAUGAGAAAGAAGAGUCUGCACAGUCUGCAAUGAAAAGCCUAAAUGGCAUGCUUAUCAACGAUAAGCCUGUCUAUGUUGGACCUUUUCUCCGCAAGCAAGAGAGAGAUAAUUCUUUUGACAAGGCAAAAUUUAACAAUGUCUUUGUGAAGAAUUUAUCUGAGUCUACUACAAAAGAUGAUCUAGUCAAAGUAUUCAGUGAGUAUGGAACUAUUACAAGUGCUGUUGUAAUGAUUGGCAUGGAUGGUAAAUCCAGGUGUUUCGGCUUUGUCAAUUUUGAGAGCCCAGAUGAUGCUGCUCGUGCUGUUGAGGAACUUAAUGGAAAGAAAAUCAAUGACAAAGAGUGGUAUGUUGGUAGAGCUCAGAAGAAGUCUGAAAGGGAGAUGGACUUGAAGAGAAGGUUUGAGCAAAGCAUGAAAGAUGCAGCUGAUAAAUAUCAAGGACAGAACUUGUACUUGAAGAAUUUGGAUGAUGGCAUUACAGAUGAUCAGCUACGUGAGCUGUUCUCCAACUUUGGCAAAAUUACCUCUUGCAAGAUAAUGCGUGAUCAAAAUGGUGUUAGCAAGGGCUCUGGCUUUGUUUCAUUUUCUACCCGCGAGGAAGCAUCUCAGGCUCUCACUGAAAUGAAUGGCAAAAUGAUAUCUGGAAAGCCAUUAUAUGUUGCAUUUGCACAGCGUAAAGAAGAUAGAAAAGCAAUGUUACAGGCUCAAUUCUCUCAGAUGCGCCCUGUACCAAUGACCCCUUCUAUGACUCCUCGACUCCCAAUGUACCCUCCUAUGCCUACUCUUGGGCAGCAACUCUUCUAUGGGCAAGCUCCACCUGCUAUGAUGCCCCCUCAGCCUGGGUACGGUUUCCAGCAGCAGCUUGUUCCAGGAAUGAGGCCUGGGGGUGGUGCCCAUAUGCCAAAUUACUUUGUUCCAGUUGUCCAACCAGGUCAGCAGGGUCCGCGCCCAGGUAUCAGGCGCAAUGGUCCUGGGUCUGCUCAGGGACAGCAAACUCCUCAGCCAUUUCAGCAACAGAUGGUUCCAAGGGGACGUGUGUACCGGUACCCACCUGGACCUCGUCACAUGCCUGAGGUUCAACAGAUGCCUGGGGUUGGUGUUGGAGGUAUGGUUCAGCCAUAUGACAUGGGAAGCUUCCCUGUGCGAGAUGCUGGUGUGUCACCUGCUCCUCCAAUUGGAACUCUCACAUCUGCCCUUGCAAAUGCUACUCCAGAGCAACAAAGAACGAUACUUGGCGAAAGCCUCUAUCCACUUGUUGAGAAGCUUGAACACCAACAAGCUGCCAAGGUGACGGGCAUGCUUCUGGAGAUGGACCAGACGGAGGUGCUGCAUCUGCUCGAGUCUCCAGAGGCUCUCAAGUCCAAGGUUGCCGAGGCGAUGGAUGUUCUCCGCAACGUGGCCCAGCAGCAAAACCCGAAUGCCCCUACCAGCCAGCUCGCGGGUCUAACCUUGAGCGACGGCAUUAUCUCUUAG